GUUGGAGAUAGAGCUGAUUCAAAUCUUUAUAUUGGAAUCAGAGCCACACAUUAAAUUACCAAGAAACUCAACUGAGGCAGAGGUUUUAAAGUGCAUCACAUCUUUGAAUGAAGACCCUACUGUACAUGGACUCCUGGUCCAGUUACCUUUGGAUGCCGAAAAGACCAUUAGCACUGAGCUGGUGACAAAUACCAUCGCUCUUGAAAAGGAUGUGGAUGGUUUGACUAGCGUCAGUGCUGGGAAGCUUGCUAGAGGUGACUUAGAGGAUUGUUUCAUUCCCUGUACACCUAAAGGAUGCUUGGAACUUAUCAAAAAGACAGGAGUACAAAUUGCUGGUAGGCAUGCUGUGGUGGUUGGACGUAGCAAGAUUGUUGGUGCACCAAUGCAUGACUUGCUUCUGUGGAAUAAUGCCACAGUGACCACAUGCCAUUCAAAGACUAUCCAGUUGUCUGAGGAGGUGAAUAAAGCUGAUAUUCUUGUGGUUGCAACUGGACAGCCUGAAAUGGUGAGAGGAGAAUGGAUUAAACCUGGAGCUAUAGUAAUAGACUGUGGAAUCAACUAUGUUCCAGAUAAUGGAAAACCUAAUGGAAAAAGAGUUGUGGGGGAUGUGGCUUAUCAUGAAGCAAAAGAGAAGACUUCCUACAUCACGCCAGCUCCUGGUGGAGUUGGACCCAUGACUGUGGCAAUGUUAAUGCAGAGCACAGUAGAAAGUGCAAAGCAUUUCCUAGAGAAAUGUACACCAGGAAAAUGGAACAUCCAGUAUAACCAUCUUAGCCUCAAGACCCCUGUUCCAAGUGACAUUGAAAUAUCACGUUCUUGCACAGCAAAGCCCAUUGGUUACCUGGCUAAAGAAAUUGGCUUGCUCUCUGAAGAAGUGGAAAUGUAUGGUCAGACAAAAGCCAAGGUUUUGCUGUCUACCUUAGAAUGCCUGAAACACCAGCCUGAUGGAAAAUAUGUGGUCGUAACGGGAAUAACCCCUACACCUCUGGGAGAAGGAAAGAGUACAACCACACUAGGGCUGGUUCAAGCUCUGGGAGCACAUCUUCACCAGAAUGUUUUUGCUUGUGUUUGACAACCAUCUCAGGGCCCAACCUUUGGAAUAAAAGGUGGAGCUGCAGGAGGGGGCUAUUCUCAGGUUGUUCCAAUGGAAGAGUUCAACCUCCAUCUCACUGGUGACAUCCAUGCCAUUACUGCAGCUAAUAAUUUGGUUGCUGCUGCUAUCGAUGCCCACAUAUUCCACGAACUGACACAGACAGACAAGGCUCUCUUUAAUCGUUUGGUGCCUUCAGUCAAUGGAGUGAGGAAGUUCUCAGAUAUUCAAGUCCGUAGGCUGAAG